ACUGGAGGGUAUUAUGGUUCUCGGGUUCCCCCAAUGUCCGGCUAUGUCACCUUGAGGACUUUGGACCCCGACCCAAGCUGGGAAGACUGUGUCAGCUGGGAGAAGGGGUCAGGCUUGCCCGCUGGAGCUUGUAGAGCCUGGACAGGUGUCUGGAUCCCAAAGUUGCCUUUCUCAAGUGACAAAUCCUAGAUCGCUGUAUGCCUCAGCUUACCACCAGAAUCACAGAGAGCCAGGCUGAUUCAGUGGCUGCACAGACGUGCAUUAAAUCCUACUCGCAUGUAGAAGGCUGUGCUUAGUGUUGUGGCCGUGAAGGAGGGAAGAAGAGAAAGAGAGGAUUCAAUAUAUGUCCUGAAGUGCCUGGAGUGAAGCUGGAGAGGGAAGACUUCAGUAAACCAGUACAAGACUGGAUAGAACCCAACUUGGAGAAUGCCCUGCACUGCUAGUCCCCAAAGCUGGUAUUAUAGAAGUAUGUGGAGCAGGUGGGAACUGAGAACAGCCUUGAAGGAUGUUUACUGGCCUCAGGAAGACUGGGCUGGAAAGGUGCCCGAGAUUAAGAAGAAGAUCCAGUCAUUCCUUCCUGGAGGGGCCUGGAAUCCACUGUAUGACACCAGCCACCUGCCCCCCGAACGCACAGAUGUGGUGAUUGUGGGGGGUGGGGUGCUUGGCCUGUCCGUGGCCUAUUGGCUGAAGAGGUUGGAGAAACAACAAGGUGCCAUUCAGGUGCUGGUGGUGGAACGGGACCACACGUAUUCCCGGGCCUCCACCGGGCUUUCCGUGGGUGGGAUUCGUCAGCAGUUCUCAUUGCCCGAAAACGUCCAGCUCUCCCUCUUUUCAGUUGACUUUCUACGGAACAUCAAUGAUUACCUGGGGGUAGUGGACGACCCCCCCCUGGACCUCCAGUUCAACCCCUCCGGUUAUCUCUUGCUGGCCUCAGAAAAGGGUGCUGCAAUCAUGGAAAACAACGUGAAAGUGCAGAGGCAGGAAGGAGCCAAAGUGUGUCUGAUGUCUCCUGAGCAGCUGCAGAACAAGUUUCCCUGGAUCAACACAGAGGGAGUGGCCUUGGCGUCUUACGGGUUGGAGGGCGAAGGUUGGUUUGACCCUUGGUGUCUGCUCCAGGGGCUUCGGCGAAAGGUCCAGUCCAUGGGGGUCCUUUUCUGCCAUGGAGAAGUGACACGUUUUGUCUCUUCAUCUAACCGCAUGGAGACCACGAGUGGGGAAGAGGUGACUUUGAAAAGGAUCCAUGAGGUCCAUGUGAAGAUGGACCACAGCCUGGAGUACCAGCCUGUGGAGUGUGCCAUAGUGAUCAACGCAGCAGGGGCUUGGUCUGGGCAAAUCGCAGAGCUGGCUGGUAUCGGGAAGGGGCCGCCUGGCACCCUGCGGGGCACCAAGCUACCCGUGGAGCCAAGGAAAAGGUAUGUGUACGUAUGGCACUGCUCCCAAGGACCAGGCCUGGGGACUCCACUCGUUGCAGACUCCAGUGGAGCCUAUUUCCGCCGUGAAGGAUUAGGAAACAACUACUUGGGGGGCUGUAGCCCCACUGAGGAGGAAGAACCAGACCCAGGGAACCUGGAAGUGGACCAUGAUUUCUUCCAGGGCAAGGUGUGGCCCCAUUUGGCCCAAAGGGUACCGGCUUUUGAGAACCUGAAGGUUCGGAGCGCUUGGGCUGGCUAUUACGACUACAACACCUUUGACCAGAACGGCGUGGUGGGCCCCCACCCACUGGUCGUCAACAUGUACUUUGCCACGGGCUUCAGUGGCCAUGGCCUCCAGCAGGCCCCCGCCGUGGGUCGAGCUGUGGCUGAGUUGGUGCUGGAGGGCCACUUCCAGACCAUCAACCUGAGCUCCUUCUUCUUCAGCCGCUUUUACUUGGGAGAGAAGGUCACGGAGCACAAUAUCCUUUGAACCUGUAAGCUCUUCACUGGCCCCAUAUCCCUAUCUGUCACACCUGGCUCAAAUCAUGGCCCAUGUUCACCUAUUCCUCCCUCGCACCAUGCCAGGAUUCCCUCCACCCUCAUCCUCUUAUUCAGGUCAUCCUGCCCCCAUAUGGCUGGGCAGGUGUGUGAACUGCAAGCUCUGAGGUUGUGCACCUGAGGCCCAAACUGACAGAGAAUGAUGGGGCAGGACCCUAGGACAUCCCUGGCCCAGGCUGAUACCACCCACCCAGGUAGUCCGGCUGGACAGAACACCUCAGGGGUGUUGAGCACCACGGCCCACGACUGGCCUUCCUGGCACUGACCCUGGAAUGAUCACCUCUGCCCUCUCGGCAUACCCCAGCAGAAUGAAGGCAGGGGGCAUUCUGGGGCAGCCUGGCCCAGAUUUACCAAACAAUAAAUGUGAUUUAUUCCUGCU